GCGACCCGGGGCUGUGGAGUUCAGACCGAAGGGAGAGAUAGCCUGUUUGUGACUGGGUGGGCGAGGAGACGUGAUGUGAAGAGAUCUGGGAACCAAGACCCAAGCAUCCCAUUUGGGAAGCCCCCCCCUUCCUCUCCGCCCCUCGCCCUUUCCGGGACUCCCGCGGCGACCUCCGCCCGCGGCCAGAGUCGCCGACCGACGGCCACUGGUUGGAGCGACGGUGCCACCUAGCGGGCCGUGUCGGAACGACCCACGGGGGAGGCGGCGGGGACCCCAGCCUCGAGGAGGCGCUGAGGACGGGCUGGGGCGGCGCUUCAGCACCACCGAGGGCCGGACAGCGCCUCCCGCCCCUUCCCGGCCCUGGAAACCCGGCGUCCGAGCCCCCAGGAAGGGGCCGAACGGAAGACCCUGAAGGAACUGCGAGCCUCCGCAGACCGCACCUGACAGCGCUCGGUGGCCUUCAGCUCGCGAAGCUGUAAUUCAGGAACCUAACGCUCUCCCUCCUCUAAAUCACCGCUUCUUCCCUCCCUGUCCAGGGUGGGUGGUGGGGACUAAGCAGCCACCGGGGCUGCGGAGGCGAGGGUCACGCAUUUGACUCUUCACACUGCACUCUGUAACGCCGGGCUCUUUGAGUGUUACUAGAGAGAGGCCCAGAGGAGGGCGGGCUGGGCAUAGGAGAGGCGAGCGCCUACAAAUCCAGAAACCUGCAAGCUCUCCGUCCCUGGAAUCGAGGCACAGAUGUGUCGGCAGGCGCUAGGACCCGGGCACCCAGGACGGUGGAAAGCAGGGGGGUCGAUCCGGAGACCCGAGGAGCAGAGGUCGGACCCGCGGGCGCUAGGGCCGCGCGGAGUUCCGGCGGUGGGCGGGGCACGGGCGGCGCGCGCGCAGCCGCAGACGGCGACCCGAUGGAGCCCGAAGCCGAGGCCGCCGCGGUGGAGGUUCCCGCCGGGCGCGUGCUCAGUGCCCCGGAGCUCUUCGCCGCCCGUUCCCGGUCCCAGAAGCUGCCCCAGCGCUCGCAUGGCCCCAAGGACUUCCUCCCUGACGGCUCGGCGGCCCAAGCGGAGCGGCUGCGCUUGUGCCGCGAGGAGCUCUGGCAGCUGCUGGCGGAGGAGCGCGUGGAGCGCCUGGGCAGUUUGGUGGCCUCCGAGUGGAGACCGGAAGAAGGCUUCGUGGAGUUGAAGUCUUCUGCGGGUAAAUUCUGGCAGACCAUGGGCUUCUCAGAGCAGGGUCGGCAACGGCUUCACCCGGAGGAGGCCUUGUAUUUGCUGGAGUGUGGCUCCAUCCAGCUCUUCCACCAAGACCUGCCGCUCUCUAUCCAAGAGGCCUACCAGCUGCUGCUGACCGAGGACACUGUGACUUUCUUGCAGUACCAGGUCUUCAGCCACCUGAAGAGACUGGGCUAUGUGGUUCGACGAUUCCAACCAAGCUCCGUCCUCUCCCCUUACGAGAGGCAGCUGAACUUGGAUGGCAGCGCCCAGCACUUGGAGGAUCAGAAUGGCAAGAGGAAGAGGAGGAGCUCCAGCUCUCAGUCCAUUAAUAAGAAGCCCAAGGCCCUGGAGAACCCCCUGCAGGGGGUGGAUGGGACACCUGAGAGCCUGGCAACCUCCAGCCCACCUCCCCGAAACCAGAACAGCCGAUGCCCAGAGGAGAAACCCCAGGAGUCAAGCCCCGUAAAGGGCCCAGUGGGCCCCUUUCAGCUUCCGGGGUCCCUGGAGCCCUGCCCUGGUCUGGCCAGGGAGGGGGUGCGGCGCAGCCAGGAGGGUGGCAAAAUAGAGAAUGGGGUCCUGGGGGCUCGUAAGCCACGCUGGAACUUUGAGCAGAUCUCCUUCCCCAACAUGGCUUCAGACAGCCGCCAUACCCUCCUGCUUGCCCCCGCCCCAGAGCUGCUCCCGGCCAACGUGGAGGGGCGGGAGACAGAUGCUGAGUCCUGGUGCCAGAAGCUAAACCAGCGGAAGGAGAAGCUCUCCAGGUGGGAACGGGAGCAACAGGCAGAGGCCCAGCACUUCCGGGAGGAUGUGAAUUCGGAUCCCGAGGUGCAGCGCUGCUCCAGCUGGCAGGAGUACAAGCAGCUGCUGCAGAGGCGGCACCUGCAGAAGACCCAGAGCCGCCCCCCACACCUGUGGGACCAGCCUGUCACCCCCUUGCUGAGUCCCAGUCAGGCAGACUCCCCAGCCACAGUCCUUAAGCAUAUCUCUGUGCUGCAGACAACACACCUUGUUGAUGGAGGUGUCCGGCUGCUGGAGAAGUCUGGGGGAUUGGAGAUCAGCUUUGAUGUUUACCAGGCUGACGCCGUGGCCACCUUCCGAAAGAAUAACCCUGGCAAGCCCUAUGUCCGAAUGUGCAUUAGUGGGUAUGAAACCAAUUUGAUGAGCCAGCCCCAGACCUCUGCACCCUCAAGCGGUUGUCCUACCAGAGUGGAGAUGUUCCUUUGAUCUUUGCCAUUGUGGAUCACGGAGACAUCUCCUUCUACAGCUUCAGGGACUUCACGCUGCCCAGGGAUCUGGAACACUGACCACGCAGCUCUGGCAGGGCCUGGGGUCUGCUCUGGGGGACCUGGACUGUCUACUCUCAGGGACCAUCUCAGAUGCCUCCUACACCCAGACUCUGACCUGUAGCUUCAGAGGCUAGUCUGGGCCUUGACCGUGGGUGUCUGAUGCUUGCAGGAGAGCGAAGCCUUGCCCUUCUACCUGGCUGCUGCAGCACUUCCACACUCCAGGCCUGAGAUUGCUGCCUUGCAGUAAUCAUCUCAGAACUCAGGACUAGCUUUCAGAGACCAGCCAGGUGGGGCGGAAGAGAGGACUCUGUGCCUUUAAAUGAGAGGGUGCCUGCUUCAUGCGAUAAAGCCAAAGCCAUUAAAAAAUAGAU